AUGUCUACAUUGACUUUGACUGACCUUGGCUCGUUGCUCACCAAAAUCGGCGUGUAUAAUUUCCAGUCACUUUGCGCAGACUUUCCCAACGCCCACACUCCGAGUCGGCCAACCGACAUAUACCGCCUUCUCCUCACCAAUAUUUUAGCCAACUUGACAGGCUGUGAUGCCACCCUUAUUUAUGAGUCCAUCCAGCUACCAAACACCCUGCCCAACGGGGACUUGGUACUUCCCGUGCCUCGAUUGCGACUAAAAGGCCCAAAACCAAACCUUCACGCCGUCGAGCUGGCCGCGUCUUUCCCAGAAAACCAACCGUUAUUCCAACACCCAACAGCAAGUGCCAUCCAUCUUCCCUUCUUCUUCACUCCGAAAUCCUUGUCACACCUCAUCCUGCCCUACCUUUUUGAGAGGCAUGAGGCGUAUGGGCGUGACUUGACCAUGGGCCUUGAUUCUUCUGCCCCAACAGAGAGACGAAAGAAAAUCAUCAUUGAGUUCUCCUCACCCAACAUCGCCAAGGAAUUCCACGCUGGCCAUUUGCGAAGCACGAUUAUCGGCGCAUACAUUGCCAACUUGUAUGAAAGCAUGGGCUGGGACGUCACCAAGGUCAACUACCUAGGGGAUUGGGGCAAACAGUUUGGCCUGCUUGCUGUCGGCUGGGAGCGCUUUGGCUCCGAACAGCUGCUGGCCCAAGAGCCACUGAAGCACUUGCUCGACGUAGGCCUCUACGCCCAGCGAAACGCCUAUUUUCGCCGUAUGGAGACAGGGGACACAGACGCCAUUGCACUCUGGCAGCGAUUUAGGGAUAUAAGUAUCGACAGGUAUAUCGCAACAUAUGCACGUCUGAGCAUUGACUUUGACGAAUAUUCUGGCGAGUCUCAAGUCAAGAGUACUACAGUGGACGCGGUUGAGAGCUCACUAAAGAAAAAAGGUGUCUACAAGGAGCACGACGGCUCAUGGAUCAUUGACUUUGAAGAAUACGGGUUCAAGGGCUUAGGGACGGCUGUCGUCCGUGGACGCACAGGAAGCACCACCUAUCUUCUGCGGGAUGUGGCAGCGAUUCUUGAGCGAGAAGUCAAGUAUAAUUUUGACAAGAUGAUAUACGUUGUCUCCUGCGAGCAAGAUCUGUACUUUAAGCGUGUUUUCAGAACAUUAGAGCUCAUGGGUCGCUCUGACUUGGCUGGUCGACUGCAACACAUAAAUUUUGGCAAGGUAUUGGGCAUGUCUUCUCGAUUAGGCAAUGUUCAACUCCUUGGUGACAUACUUGACCAGUCUAGGGACGCCAUGCAUGACGUUAUGCGUCGAAACACUACAAAGUAUGCCCAGGUGGAGGACCCUGAAUCAGUGGCCGAGUCUGUUGGCAUAUCCGCCGUUAUGGUCCAAGACAUGUCCGGCAAGCGUAUCAACAACUACCCUUUCGACAUCACCCGCAUGACUUCCUUUGAAGGAGACACUGGUCCGUACCUGCAGUAUAGUCAUGCUCGCGUCAACUCGAUUCUUCGCAAGGCCGGCCUCACGCGUCAAGAGGUUGCGGAGCAUUGCCUUCGCCAUCCAACGUCGCUGGAGGAGCAAUUUUCGGACACACCACACUGCGUCAACUUACUCCGUCUGAUUGCUCAGUACCCAGACGUGGCCGCCGCUGCACUGCGCAACCUGGAGCCUUCAACCAUAUUAACAUAUCUCUUCCGGCUGACACAUCAACUUUCGUCUUGCUAUGACGUCGUACAAGUUACUGGCACCAAUGAAGGCCGCGAUGUGAUGCUUAGUCGGGCUGGCCUUUAUGAAGGCGCACGUCAGGUCUUGGAAAAUGGAAUGAGACUGCUAGGUCUUACGCCAGUUGAUAGGCACGUCCCACGCAACAGCAUUGGUUCCCUUGCGUUCAUUUAA